AUGAAGGAUCUAGGCAUGUUGAAAUACUUUCUUGGCAUUGAAGUUGCUCUUGGACCUGAUGACAUCUUUCUCCCGCAACGCAAAUAUUAUCUUGAUAUCGUCGACGAGUGUGGUUUGUCUGGCUCGUGUCCGGUUGAUACUCCUAUGGAGCAAAAUCAUACGCUGUUGGAUUCUAAAAGUGCACCGCACUCGGAUCCAGCACAAUAUCGACGUAUAGUUGGACGUCUUGUUUAUCUCACUCAUACGUGUCCGGAGUUAAGUUAUGCUGUCAACAUUCUUGCACAGUUUAUGCAGACACCUCUUACGGAUCAUUGGGAUACGGCUCAGCGUUUGGUUCGUUACUUGAAGUCUUCACUCGGCCAGGGUGUUGUUCUAUCUUCCACGGCUCCUCUUCAACUGAAUGCCUAUUGCGAUUCUGAUUUUAAUAAAUGUCCUUCUACUAGACGGUCCCUUACAGGUUAUAUAGUAAUGCUUGGUGAUUCUCCACUUCAAUGGAAGACAAAGAAUCAAAGUCGUGUGUCGCUUUCAUCGGCUGAAGCAGAGUAUCACGCCAUGGCUAUGACUUGUACGGAGCUAUUGUGGCUAAAGGAAGUUUUGCAGUUCCUUGGUGUCGAUCAUUCUCAGCCAAUGUGUUUAUCCAGUGAUAGUCAAGCAGCUCUUCAAAUCACAGCAAACUCUGUUUUUCAUGAACGCACAAAGCAUAUUGAGAGUGCUUGUCACUUCAUUCGUGAUGAAAUUACUUCUGGUACCAUUACUAACGCUCAUAUCCCUACUGAAGAACAGUUGGCUGACAUCUUCACUAAAGCCCUCGGAUGUGAUCAAUUCAAGUAUCUACGGUCCAAGUUGGGCGUUCUAAACUUACACGCUCCACAUUGA